CUAACACUAAGACUUGAUAAGAAGUAGGAGAAUCCAUCUCGGAUGGUUUUAAAUACACAGUUGGGUAUUUAGUAAUUAGAUUUACCAGUGCACCAGCUCUUCAAGGAAUAUGAAUCGACUUGUGUCGUAUACAGAAAGCUCGGAAGAAGAAGAUACUCAGACUUUGUUAAACUCACCAGAAAAAAGCGUGUCUUCAUUUGAAUUAAAAAACAACAGAACAACAUAUAUUCAUGGUGAAAAAAAAAUAAUUGUAACUUUCAACGACUGUCCGACAAUAUUAAUAAGAAAUUGGCAAUUUAUUUUAAUUAAUUAGACUUACCUAGCUGAGCCGCUAGUAGGUCUACUAGUACUAGUAGUAGUAGCAGUGUAGGGCAGGGACCUAGCUAGGGCUGGGGUUAAUAGUUCAGUUACUAGAUAUGUAAUCAUUUACUUUGCUAAAUAGGAUUACCGUCUACAGUCACUCUAUCUAUAGUUGAAUAUAGAGCCUAAACUAGAACUAGAGGCAUAGGUCUAUAGUCUAUAGUAUAGUCUAUUCUAUAAACUAUAUCUAAUACUAAUACUAAUCUGCUUUCUGAUUCUUAUCAAUAAUUAUAACUAACACUAAUUUUUAACUAACUACUAAACUUCAAAUUCCAAACAAUGAUGAUCAGUGAAAAUAAAGUUUCAAAUAAGACUUGUUUUCAAAUGUUUAGGCCAUCUGAAGCUAUGUUUAAAAAAAAAAGAAGUGGAACUGGGAACUUCAGCAACUCUUUUUCACCUGUGCUGGAUUGCUUGAUACUUGUCCGAGACCAACUCCCUUGAUUUCUGAUGAUUCUGAAAUUGAAAUAUGAUUUUAAAAUUAUAUAAUGGGGCCAUCCAUAAAUGAUGUCUCGCAAAUUUUGAAGAUUUUGUACCCCCUCCCCCAUCAUCACAAAUCAUAUCAUAACAAAAAUUUAGAUCCCCCUCCAAUAUGACAUCACAAACCUCUGCAUCCCCUCCCCCCUGCACCCCCACCAAUCAUCUGUCCACUACUGUCCUUUACAAUUACAAGUACAAGCCCUUUCAAAAAUCACCUCCCAUGGAUAUCAAAUUACUGCACCUGUGUCAGAAACAUUUCCCUAAUACAGUGGCUCUUAAACAGGGGUGACAGCACCCCAUGAGGUGCGGAAGACUCAGAAUAUAAAUUUCGUUUGCUGCCAUUGCUAGUUGUUUGCUGCAUUUAAAAAUAUGCAUUUUGAAUAGCAGCACUAAAUGUUUUUUCCUGGUGAAUUUUGUUUGUGCAUUACUUGUAUUGGUAAUUUUUUCUUGUACCUUAUUUAUAAAGUUAUUUAAACAAAUAAAAAACGACAAUCAAUACAUUAUUUAAUUAUUUUCAUUGUUUAAAUUAUAUUACUUUUAAAUUAUAUGGGGAGGAUUGCGGGAUAUGUUAAGAAGUUAAGAGCAGAAUUCAGCUCUGUGAAAAAUUUAAGAAUCCCUGGUCUAGAAAGUUUACUUUUACUAAAAUCAUCCUCCCCCCAGUCCAACAAUUUUUGUUCCAUCUUACUUCCCGCCCAUGGUAGCCCCAAUUCUACGAUUCCCGCCCCCACAUUUUGACAUAAAUUCUGACGACUGAAAAGUCACUAUACCCUGAAUCUCCUCCUUCAUGGCGGCCUGUAACUUGAUCCGACGCCAUUUUUCGGACCUCACAUACCUGUACUGAUUCUGUCAGUGAUCAUGGUUUGAAAAUAAAAUAAUUGUAAUUGGUGUAUCAAAGAAUAAUGUUAAAAAAGGUCUCUAAUUUAGUGUUAUUAAAAUCAUUUUGUUACAAAAUUUGUACUAUAAUGCUUUCAAUGUGAUGCCACUUGCUUUACUUCCCCCACCCCCCAUCACAAAUCGUCACAAAAAUGCGGGGAACCCCCUCCCCUGCGCGUGGCGUCAUUUAUUGAUGACCCCAAUAAUAAAAUUGUUCAACAAAAAAAUAAUAUUCUUUUCUGUUAGUUUUCUAGCUACUGAAACCCAAGAUGCACAACAAACAUAAAAAUAUCACCUUCUUACANUUUAAAAAAAAAAAUGCCAUAAAAAAAAAGUUAAGGAUCUUAUUCCAUAUUAUAUUUUCCUUUUUUUUUUUAACAACAGAAAACGAAUCUAUUGAGUUAAACAAAUGUAACACAGACACAAGUAAAGAAGAAAGAGACAAAAAUGAUAUUUUACCAAACAAUUAUGCUGUGCCUAGAUCUGCACCUGUACAGACCACAGACAGAAAACUAGAGUAUGAUACAUGUAGAAAGAGAAAGCUAAAUGAAGAAGGGUAUGUUACCUGUAUUUUUUCCCACCAUUUCUCUUGCAUGUAUUUAACUUUAACUCCUCCACAGUAAACUCAGAUUAUGACUUUUCAUUUUUAGAAACAAAAUAAUAAAAAAUUGUAACAGUUAGAUAUGACUAAAAUGGAGAGUUAUUUCUAAUGCUUGUUUGGAGGAGUAUAAAGUAUAACAUGGUGAUUUGUAUUAUUACUAUUACAAAAUAUUUAUUGAACAAUUAUCUGAGAUUAAUUUUCUAUAAAAGUAUUGGAGUUGUCAUAAGAAGGAAUUAACCUUAGGAAUGGUAAAAGCUUGUAUACAAAUAACCCUGUUCCAAAGAAACUUUUAUUAAAAAUGGGAGCCUUAGUCGGGUUCAUAACACAUAUCUUUUGUUUAACAAAAAAAUGGAUCUGUUGCAUUACAUGCAGCUUAUGCUGUGUCAACAUUCUCUUCUUCUUUGCUUUUUCAACUACCACUGGAGCAUAAGCCAUUAAAAAUUUCUUUCCAAGCCUUCUGGUCUCUAGCUGUCUCCUCUAAACCUUUUCAAUCUUUAUUACAUCUUUGUCCACAUCUCUUUGCCAGCUGUGUCAGCAUUACCUCAAUUUAAAUUUCAGAAGAGAUGAUAUCAAGCGACUAUAUGUUCCCGAUUCUGUCCAAGCUAUGUUUCAACAUCAAAAAUGGAUAGAUAAGCCAUCAGAGCAUGGUAAUAGAGUUAGAUCAUUUCCCCAUCUAGAGGGCAACUGGGCAACCCAUGUUUUCAUUCCAGGUGAAGUAUUAAUAUUAACUUUGCAUUAAAAUAAAUUUUUCGCGUAUACAUAUUCAUUACAGCACGAAAAAUUAUUUUUCAAAACAUGCAGUUAGGUCACUCUUGAUGGGUGUCAUGUAAAUUUGUCCUGCUUACUAAAUAUAUCAUCACAAAAAAUAAUUUUAAAAACGGGAUUGAGUGAUGUCAAAUUAUCACUCUAUAAUUAUCUAUAGUUUCUUGGCAACUGAGUCAUGCAACUUUUGUAAACUCUGCAGCCCUUAUUAACUAACAAAUUGGCUUAAUGAAACAUGCUACAAAGUUCAUUUUCAAUUUACAGGAUUCUAGUUUAAUGGAGAGUAAAAGAUGUAGUUUAUCACUUGAAAUGAAAUUCUGUCAUGUAGUUUAUCUUAAUGAAAAUUUCUGCACAAAUUUAUAACCAUACAGCGUGCUGCAGUAAGAUUGUGAUUGUCAUUGUUAAUGUUCUGUCUAGUGGAAGGUGGAGCCAAACUUGUGCAAUUCGUUCAAAGUAUUCUGAGGAUCCUUGAGCCGGUAAAAUUUCAAGCUUUUCCAGAGUUUCAUAUCAGCUUGUCACGUACAGUGACCAUCAGACACCAUUGGAUUGAACCUCUUGUGGACUCUUUGAGGGACAGCUUGAGACUCAUGAAAAGGUACAAAUAACUUGUAUAAUGGCAACAGAAAGUUUUGAAGUUUUCUCUUAUUUAAAAAAAAAUGUUAAUAAAUACAUUUUCGCAGGUUUUUUUCCUUAAAAUAAAAAAUAUUAGCUUAUGGCACAAAAAAAUGUAAACCAGAUAAUCUGAAACAAUUAAUAUACUAAUUAACUUGAAGUGGUUUAAGACUGAACAUUUCCUAUAGUGAAAAUUAGCAUGAUUCUUUUAUGAUUCUUUCUUUCCACACAGUUUUAUGAGUGACUUGUUGGCUAUCAAGCUGUUCACUAAUGAUGAAAAGACAAGGUAAUCUACAUGCAGCUGCCUAGGUCCUGAAAUACAGGCUUGAAAAUCCAUAUCCUGAAAGUGAACAGAGGCUGCAAGGACCUGACCUGGCUCCCUCUCUUCACUUUCAUAUGAUGGAGUUUUAGUCUUUUCAUGAACUUGUUUAGUUUCUUACUCUUAAAAUUUACAACUUACUGACGAGUUAUCCUUGGCAGUGGUACUUUUUGCUUAUAUCAUGACACAUACAGACAGAUCAAAACAUUUAUGUCUAUAUAUAUAUAUAUAUAUAUGUAAAUGUUUGUAUAUUAUGAAUACAGUUGUAGAUUUGAAUUGAUGCAAGUUAAUGUUAACAAAAUAUCCCUUACUUCUUGUCUGGAAAUUAUUUAGUUAACAUCCUACCAGCUUUGAAUUAAAAACAUUAACAUUUCUUCUUUGGUUAAAAUCAUUUUGCUUUGCACCUUCAGCUUGUUUAAUAACAAAUAAAUAGUCUUAUGAUAUAAUAUGUACAGGGUAUUUCAAUGAUUUUUAUUUCAUUUGACCAGAACAUUUGUAUGUCUUGAGCUGUCACAAGAUGAGACUGACUUUAUUGACUUUGUCAAAGCCGUUGACAAAAGUUUUGGAGAAUUCAAACUUCCAUCUUAUUAUAAGGUAUUGUUAUGGCUUUGGACUGGUGAUGAUGUUCAGUCAUAUUAAGCUUUUCUUUGUUUGGUCUUAAACUAAAGGCAACCAUUUGCUCUCUUAAUAUGUUGUCACUAACUGACAUCUCUUAUGCUGUAUACAGAUAACACAUAAAAAUCAUAUUAACCUGCAUUAAAAUGUUAUGAUUAUGAACUAACAUAUAGAUAUUAACUUUUUAUUAGUGAACUUAACACUCAAAUGGGUAUGUCAUCCCAGUGCUCAAAAUAUUAAACCUGUUAUCUUUUGCAUGCAUUAUUUAAUUAUUGCUUUUGGAAUCUCCUUUCAUUUUACCCUGCGUUGGCCCCCAGAAAGCCAAACUUUAUUCUCUACAACAUGCCAUUAUUAAAUGAUUAUUUAAAAUCUAAAUAAUUCGUCAAAUUUUGCUUCCUGUCAUAUCCUGAUUUUUAAUUGUGUUGAUUUAAGUACAUUUUCCUUAUUUCUACUCUUAGGAUCCAUCCUUCCAUAUCAGUAUUGGCUGGUGUUUAGGAGAUGUUGUUAACCAAAUUUCAGAGGAGACACUGCUAAAGGCAAAGGUUUGUUUCCAGUUGGUCUCAUGUAUUGUUUUCUGUAGAGAUGUAACACUAUUACGUUAAACAUUUAAAGGAAGGCUCUUAAACAACUACCAAUAUGCAAAGUUAGGACGGUUGAAUUAUAGAGAAGAAAUUUUUCUUUCUACAUUUCCUUUAUGUUAAGCAAUGCAAGAUGGAGUUUGCCAUAAUCUGAAUUUGGCAUUUGGAUUAAAAAUUGAUUUAGUUUUUUUGAUGCUCAUGAAGUACAGGGUAGCUAGGAAAAAAAAAUGCAUUUAACUGAUCUGAGAUUAUUUGUUAAUAUUUAAUAUAGAAAAAUUGUAAUAACCUAGAUUAAUGUAGAACAGGUCUGCACAACAUAAGGCCUGUGGGCCGCAUGGGGCCCGCCAGCACCUACUUUGCGGCCCGGGAGAAACAAAAUAUUCUAUAUUCUUCAUAUUUUAUUAAUAGCUUUCCCCCUGACCUAUUUUCUUUUGGCCCGCACAAGUCCUGUCCUAUUUUCUUUCGACCCGCAUACGUUUUACAUAAUGUAUUAUGGCCCGCCUUACACUUUGAAGUGUGCAGGCCUGCUGUAGAACAUAUGCCAUUUUCUUCAAUGUAAAAGCCUGUGGUAAAAGUAUAACUAUAUUUAAAAAAAUGAAACAGAAUCAUUGAAGCCAUUUAAUUUCUUAUUUAUAAAAUGAAAAACCCAUCAGGGACUUUUUUUUUUCUUUGAGACUGCUUCAAUAUUUUUUAUUGUAAUUUUAGAAUUGUUAACUUAUACAAACAUUGUUUUGUCAUUUAUAAAAAAUACAAAUCUCUUUUCACCAAUCAGGGAAUGCUGGGACACUUUGUGGCUGAAAAUACUGAACUCAGUGUGAUUGUUGUUCAACAAAUUUGCUGUCGAGCAGGCAACAAAUCAUUUGUUAUCACACUUAAAGACUGAAUUUGUACAUUUCAUAUCUUCAAUAUCAGUAUUUUAGUUCAAAAUAAUAAGUUAUACCUAUUAGGUUAGAAAACUCAAAAGUCAAAAGUCUUAACAAAAAUAAUAAUAAAUUAACAAAUUUAUAUGUACAUGUUUACUGAAAUAUUUAUAAUUUAUCUGAUGUAAGGAUAAAAGUAAACCAAUUUUUUUGUCUCAUGAUUUUGGUAAAUUUUAGGAAGUUAUAAAAAAAAUAAAUUUGUAUCAAGUCUUUACCCAUUAAUUAACUAAACAGGAUAUCUACAUACUAGUUAAAUCAUUUUAUAGUAUCAAUAUGUUUUUCAAGUUAUGGUUUAAGUACUUAAAGUGCUAUUAAUUUUUUGUAUAAUCUGUCAGAAUUUAUUGAAUUAUUUGAAUGUAUAAAAGUUAAUAAAGUUAAUGAAUGCUCUUUCAUCCAGACAUGUACCGAGUAUCUAAAUAUUUAUAAUAAUAUUUUUUCAAUUAAUUUUUUAGACUGCAUUAAAUCAACCAGUGGUCACAGAUUUUACCACAGUGUACAUGGAACAUUUUGCAAAUUUGAUAAAUAAAAUAUAAUAUUAUACCCCAAAAACCUCAAGAAGUAUAGACACACUAAUGUGUUUAACGUAGUGUGAUAUUACGACAGUAGGGUACCGUUAUAAAGGUUCAUCCAAUUUUUAAAUGUAAUAUACAAAUGAAUAUGAAAAAAAUUUCUAUUUGUUUUAUCUAAUAUUUCAAUGGGGAAAAAAUGUCAGCAUCCGUUGGCUGCUUCUAGAUAUGUAACACAUUGGAAGAUAGACUGUUUCUAGACAAGUAAAAUUUAUCCACAGAUCAUCCUAACACUAACAUUGCAAAAUAUAAUGUAAGUAACCAAUGAAAUAAAACGUAAUGUAAUAAAUUUUGAUGAAUAAAUACAAAUGUUUGCUUAUUUGGUUUCCUUUCUUUGUUGAAAUGAUUUGUUCCAAUUGUUGAUGUUACAUUUAAGUACUUUGAGUUUGUGACUCUUGGACUUUCUUCUAUAAAUAGUAAUGUUAUUUAAUUAAAAAUGAAAUAUAUUUCAAAAUGAUUAAAGUUUUCAUG